AUGUCUUCACCAGACUCAAAUGUUCCCACCUGGGUUUCGCAGCUGCGCUCACCUCCAGGUGCCAAAGCCAGGGUCCCAGGCGUCCCCGACCCCAUUGGCUUCUCCUCAGGCCCGUCGGGCUCCAAGAAACCCAGCAAGGAUGGCAAAAGCCAACCUCCUCGAAAGGCACCCACUGGCGAAGAAAUGGAAACCCUCAAGCUUAAAAAAGCAUGGGAGGUCGCCCUCGGUCCCGUCAAAGCACUUCCUAUGACCGUCAUCAUGAUGUACAUGUCCGGCAACUCGCUCCAAAUUUUCAGCAUCAUGAUGGUCUUUAUGGCAUUCAAGAACCCCAUCGCAGGCCUGAUGGCUACCAACCAGGCCUUUGAACGAUUCAAUACCGAGAAAAACGCCGCUCAGAUAUUGCAAACGAAGUUGGUGUAUGUGGCGAUGCAGCUUGUUGCGCUGGGAGUGGGUAUCUGGAAGGUGAACUCAAUGGGGCUGUUGCCGUAA